AUGCCCGCCAUCCGCACGCACGCCGCGCGGGGCAAGAAGCCGCCAGCAGGCUUCGACGAUAUCCGCGACGACCUUGAAGUAUUCGGCAUUAAGAUGAAGGACGCGCAGAACACGCCCACAGCCAACGUACCGAAGCACCAGGCACAGUGGCCUAUUUUCCAGAUCGCGCAUCAGCGGAGCCGCUACGUCUACGAACUCUAUUAUGAGAAAGAGGCCAUCAGCAAACAGCUAUACGACUGGCUGCUCAAGAACGGCUACGCGGACCCUAUUCUGAUCGCCAAGUGGAAAAAGCAAGGAUACGAGAAGCUAUGCUGUUUAAGAUGCAUGCAAACCAAAGAGACGAACUUUCAGUCGACUUGUAUAUGCCGUGUACCGAAGGCGCAAUUGAAAGAUGAUCAAGAUGUACAGUGUGUGAACUGUGGCUGUAGGGGAUGUGCGUCAAGUGAUUGA